AUGUCAAGCAAAAGUGAGAAUUCAAAUUUUAUUGACAUGGUCUACAAUUAUGACUGGUCUUCAACUCCGCUUGGUCCUAUGGAUACUUGGGAUCCUGUCCUCAGAAAUGCUGCGAAUUUAUGCCUCAGAAUUGAGUUUCCUAUGAGUAUCUAUUUCGAUCCCCCAAAUUGGUUAUUGUUUUAUAAUAAAGGUACCCCAAUUUUUAUGGGUUAUUUGCCUUAA